CUCCCAAUUUCUCUCACACAUACAUAAAUGAAAAAAUGCCCGAAGCUAGUGCAACAAAACAAAAUGAAGAAAUCGCCACGAUGUCUACACGAGCAAAUUUCGAGAACACUACAGCGAGCAAAUUACCCGUUUACAAGUGGAACAGAUCAAAUUCCAUUAAUGUCACUUAUAUUCCUUUACUCGAACGCCGCCAGCAUGGUUUGCGUUCCAACGAUGACGAUCUCAUCGCUUAUGUCAACGAUUUGUGUCAAAAUGACGCCUGCAGUUUAAGGUCGUCGAAUGGUUCCAAUCUGUGCUGUUGUUCCCAGAGAACAAACUCUUCGUCGUGUUGGCACUUGAAAAGGAAACAGAUUAUACGACAAAGUUCACAUGCUUCAGCUAAAAAUAGAAUUGACAUUAGUUUGACAGAAAUAGCAACACACUCAACGAAAAAGUCUAUAUCUUUGCCGGCAACACCAAAUCUAAGUCAACUACGAAGACCUGUUAGAUCAAGCUAUAAGAAAUUAAAUGAACAGCAAACAACGUUAACAACGGAAGCCAUCAUACACAUGCCUUUAACGUAUGAACAAUUUCGAAAAAGACAACAAUUACAAACACAAACACUUAAAACACCAACGAACUUAACAUCACCACUUUCAUCCUCACCUACAGCAACAACAACAACACCACCCACAUCACCAGCAACACCAACAUUAUCAACAUCAUCACCAACAUCAAAGAAACUCAACACAUCAACAAGAUCCAUGUUGUUGAAACAUCGUUCGGUACGUUAUGAGGAGACAACAACAACAACAUCAACACCUUACAAUCUACCACUUGACAAUUCCACCACUACCAACUCCCAUGCAAAUGAUCAGCAACAUUUUGCAAACAAUAACAACAACAGCAACAAUGCAACAAUAUGUGCAACAAUUAUCAAUAAUAAUAACAACAAUAAAAUGUCCAAAACCCAGGGAUGUUUUCUACAAACCUGCUCAUACCAAAAUGAAAAUGGAGAGCAAAAAAACAACACGAUCAAUUCAGAAGAACAUAAAAUAACGAAUACACCUCGUGGUGGUGCUGGCGGAGGAGGUGGAUUUCUACGCUGUGAGCAUUGUUGUGAGAGUAUGGGCAGUCUACGACAACAAUCACAGCCAUCGAAUGGCCAUCGUUUAACAACUAGAACAAAUAAUGGCCAAAAUACAAAUUAUUCCAAAUCCACCUCACUUGGCUCCGAUCAUUAUCAGCGAUCAGAUUCGGAAACAGUCUCAGAAUUGUCGUCGUAUCGCUUUGUAACGGAUGAAGAUAUUGGCAUCGUAGUGAAUGUGAAUGAUAAAUUUUCGUCGUCGCAGUCGCCAUUGUCUUCUAGUGAAAAUGAAAAUCAAAUCAAACGGUUUACGGAAUGUGUGAGUAAUGAUGUUGAGGAAACUUAUGACGACAACGUUUUAAAAGAAAAUAUAAAUUCGACAACAACUAAACAACAACAGCACAACGAAACGAAUAAUUUUAAAAAUAAAAAUGAAUAUAUACAAAAAGAACACGAACAACAACAAAAGCAAUAUCAACAGCAACAGCAGCCGCUGAACCAGCAACAAAAACGCGAUCGUUAUUAUAUUGAUUUGGAUCAUAAUAAAACGUCACGCGCGCCUAGUGUACAAACGCCUACAAAUUGUUGUUAUACAAUUGAUAAAUCCCAUAGUGAUCAGUUUAUACCAUAUGUUGCUAGCAACAACAACAACAACAAUAAUAUUAAUAAUUACAAUAACAAUAUCACAAAACCGGUUCAAAUACCUGUGCGUAAUGAAACCUUUGCUCCGGUUGAUCUCAAUUUAAACGAUUGUAGUUUGUCCUCCUCCCUGCCGCGUAAUUACGGCAGUAAUUUUGAUACGUAUUCCUUUGCCCGUCAAGUGUACAUAAGAAAUUCUGUACGUUCUCAGAAAACGGCCCCGCCAGUGCCGCCUAAACCUAUAACGGACUUAGACGAUAAGGAGUCAUCUUCGUAUGAUCCUCAAAAGUUUUAUCGUAAAUUGCAAAAGUUUGAAAAACAAUCUUCGCUAAUACAACAACAAUCUCUGCCGCGCGAAAUACCUAGUGUGCGUUCUCAGGAGAGAUCUAUAACUCCCGAGAGAUGUGAAUUAUUGAAUUGUUUUCCCUCGUAUCGCAAUCGUAAUCAAGAGCAAAAGUCCUCUGAAACUAUAAAUAACAGUGCAAUAAACGAACAUCUUCAGCAAACGGAAAAUUUUGAAGAAUUAUUAAAUCACUCCCAUAAAAACGGUUUUAACCCUUUAAAUACCAAUGGUCAUAUAAAUAAUAAUAACAACAACAAUAAUAACAAUACCCUAAAUAAAAGUGAAUAUUCCACACCCAAACGAACUUUACGUUAUGAUAAUCAUGGACGUUUAAAGUCCUCAUUUCUAACCCAAUUACCGGUCACAAACUAUCGACGCGCUUCACUGGACACAGACUCCACACCCAAAUGUCAUAGUCCUUCUCUCAAUCUAAAACUAACACCCACUUUAACGCGUAAAUUUCAAUAUUCUCCCAAACAUACCAUAACAAAAGAAAUAAACGAAGAAACCGAAGAAGAAAUCGAAGAAAUAACUCCUUCUUCGAACGCGAGUGUUAUAAACGAACAAAACAAUAACAACCAUAAUACAUCACCUCCCCUACUAAACUCACCCACAUCACCUGCCCUUAGCACACGUUCCCUUUUACCGCAAAAGAAAUCCUAUUCUUCACCCAUAGUUCUACAUCACGAUCGUCUCUCCAGUCCGGUCUGGUUGAGUACGGACACUUUAGAAUCUCAUACAUCGUCAUCACAAAAAUGUCUCGAUGAAGUGCAAUCGAAUUGCAGUGAUCAGACUACGAUAUUUCAUUUCGAACACGAUAAUUCGAAUUCAUCAUCACCUUCUUCGCUACUGUACGGUAGUGGUGGUGUAGCUGUUGCCGGUCAACAUUAUCAUUACGGCAGUAAUUGUGCCUCGAAUGGUGGUAAUAUAUUUAAAGGACCUUUGUUAGUGAAACGUUUGCCGGCUAUACAAUCGUUUGGUUACAUUCCCACACAAUCGAGCUCCUUGGGCAGUGCUAAUGUACGAGAGGAAUUUGAAAAGGAG